AUGUCGUCGCAGCCGGAUAUCAUAGUGUCCGUCGACUUUGGCACCACGUUUACAGGUAUUUUUCUUGUCUGCCCUUCUCUACGCUGUCCACGUCUAACCCCGAUCCAAGGUGUCGGAUGGCGCUCGCCACGCACGCCCGUCCAGGUCAUCAAUGACUGGCCCGGCAGCGCGGACCGGGGCGAGCGCAAAGUCCCGACCAAGCUCAUGUACAAUCCAGACGGCACGCUCUCCUCCUGGGGCUACCUGUGCGCCGACGACGAGGACCUGGAGUACCAGACCGACGGCGACCACCAGCAAGCCGCCGUCGCCACCAAGACGCGCCGCGAGUUCUUUAAAAUGUUCGUCGACUCGGAGAACCUCGUCACCGCGCAGGAGCAGGGCGUGGCGCAGGCGCCCAAGACGACCGAGGAGGCGCAGCAGUACGCCGCCGACUUCCUCGGCGAGGUGUACCGGCACGUGAAGCGCUCCGUGGAGAUGCAGGUCGGGCUGGGGCGCGUGGCCGGCGGCUGGGCGGGCUCGGCCGUGGAUUUCCUCUUCAGCGUGCCGACGACGUGGACGCGCAUGGAGACCAUCAACGCCUUCAAGGGCGUGAUCCGCCGCGCGGGCUUCGGCGUCGAGGGCCCGCGCCACUCGGCCCAGAUUGACCUGACCGAGGCCGAGGCCGCCGCCGUCGCGACGCUCAAGACGAGCGCGCUGCGCUUCCGCCCAGGCAGCCUGUUCCUGACCGUCGACGCCGGCGGCGGCACCACCGACCUGUCGCUCAUGCGCGUCACCUCCGUCGACGCCGACUGUCCACAGAUGGCCCAGCUCGCCGCCGUCAAGGGCGUCGGCAUCGGCUCCGCGCUCAUCGACCGCGCCUUUGUCCGCCUCGUCGAGCACCGCCUCAUCACCUGGCCCGACGUGCGGGACCGGCUGCCGGCCAGCCUCGGGUUACGUAUGGCCCAGGGCCACUACUUCCGCACCGUCAAGCACAAGUUUGGCGAGAAAGUGUACAUGCAGCCCAGGUUCAAGAUCCAGAUGGAGGGCGUGUCGCACGACUUUAACCAUGCGGGACUGGGUAUUGAAAAUGGGCGCAUGGUGUUUUCCAUCUGGACUGGCUCCAAGAGAAUGGAUCCUCUGACCAAGUGGCAUGUUGCACCGACACUCCCCCCCCAUCCUCCCAGCGCACUAACACUCGUCUUCCAGGAGUUUGUUAUCCUCUCCGGAGGGCUAGGAAGCUCCGCAUAUGUCCGACAAAGACUCCAGCAGCAGCUCACCAGCUUCCCCCAUCCGAACGCGACCAACGCCGUCGUGAUCCCGUGCCAGGAUCCGCAGCUGGUCGUCGUGCGCGGCCUGCUGCUCGACCACCAGCAGCGCACCGACAUGGGAAACCUGUCGGUGCUCGCAACGAGGGUGGCGCGCGCGAGCUACGGCGUCAUCGUCAAGGAGGUGUACUCGCCGGCCAAGCACUUUGACCAGGACGUUGUGCAGGACCCCUUUGACGCGAGCAAGCGAUGGGCCGUCGACCAGGUCCAGUGGAUGAUACGAAAGGGCGACACAGUGAACCCGAACGAUCCGCUGAUUCGCAAAUUCGAGUUUCACCUGGCCGAGCGCGACACGACGCGAUCAUGGAACGCCGACAUUGUCAUUUCCCAUAACGAGCCGUCAUUCCUGCCCAGCAGUUUGAAACAAGCCGGCGUCACGAGGCUUUGCCGCGUCAAGAGCAAUCUGCAAGGCGUCCAACAGCACCAAUUGGUCCUCAAGCAAAAAAGAGGCACCUGCUUCACCCGGGGUCACAAGUUCUACAUUUGCGAGUUUGAAAUCCGCGUCAUUGUCGCGCCAGCUGAUCUACGCUUCGAGCUGUGGUUCGGCGGCCAGAGAUUUUCAGGAAACCAUGAGCCAAUAGAUGUAAAGUGGGAUGACACAGGAGCUCGUGUCAAAUCUGGGUAG